ACACCAACCCAACCAAAACCCCUCUUUUCCUUCAUCAACAACGCCUCCGCCAUGGCCAGCAUAACCCGAGACGAUUCCGACCACGACAGCACAAGCUCCUCCCUCACCCUCCCAGACUCCACCCGCAGCUGGCUGAGCAACCUAAGCAUCAGCAGUCGCCGAAGCAGCACGUCCGCCUUAGACGCCACCUUAUCCCCCUACAAACCACACAAAGCAAACCACGUGGCAUGGGAGGCGAUGCGGUGGGUGAGACGCGUGAAAGGGCGCGUGGGGCUGGAGCACUUCCGGCUGCUACGGCGGGUGGGGAGCGGAGACAUAGGGAAUGUUUAUUUGUGUGAAAUAAGGAACCCGAUGGUGGGGCUGGCGCAGUGCUAUUACGCUAUGAAAGUGGUGGAUAGAGAAGCCGUGUCGGUGAGGAACAAAGGGAGGAGAGCGGACAUGGAGAAGGAGAUUCUUAAGCUCAUUGAUCAUCCCUUUUUGCCUACGCUUUAUGCCGAGUUUGAAGCUUCGCAUUACUCGUGUUUGGUUAUGGAGUUUUGUCCCGGCGGCGAUUUGUACGCCGCCCGCCAACGCCUCCCCGGAAAACGCUUCCCCAUUUCUUCUGCCAAAUUUUAUGCGGCGGAGAUAAUUUUAGCGUUAGAGUAUUUGCAUAUGAUGGGGAUAGUUUACAGAGAUUUAAAGCCGGAAAACGUGCUGGUUAGAGAAGACGGCCACAUAAUGCUGUCGGAUUUCGAUCUCUGUCUCAAAUGCGACGUCGUUCCCAAGCUCAUCCGUUGCAGGACCACCUCCGAACGCCACGUCACAAAAACCUACUCCACCUCAUCAACUACCUCCUGCGCCGCCGCUCCAAUCCACCCUGUCCUCUCCUGUUUCUCCAUUACCCGCCGCCCAAACUCCACCACCAUCACCACCAUAACCGAACACGCCGCCGAAUCCGCCGCCACUGUAGACGGCGAGUUCGACCCAGAACCGGAAUUGAUAGCGGAGCCGAUGAAUGCCCGGUCUAAAUCCUUCGUUGGAACCCAUGAGUAUUUGGCGCCGGAGGUGAUUUCCGGCCAAGGACACGGCAGCGCCGUCGAUUGGUGGACGUUGGGGAUUUUCCUCUAUGAAAUGUUGUACGGAAAAACCCCAUUUAAAGGGGAAAAUAACGAGAAAACCCUAAUGAAUAUCUUGAAGCAGCCAUUGACGUUUCCAAGAAUUGGGGUUAGUAGCAACAAAGAGUAUGAAGAAAUGGUGAAAGUUGAGGAUCUAAUUAGGAAGCUUUUGGUGAAGAAUCCCAAGAAGAGAAUUGGAAGCUUAAAGGGUUCGGUUGAAAUCAAAAGACAUGAGUUUUUCAAAGGGGUAAAUUGGGCAUUAAUCCGCUCCGUUCGUCCUCCGCAAGUCCCGAAUUCCGAUCAUCUUCUUCACAAAACCCUAACCCAAUCAAAAUACCCGUCAAACUACGUACCCAAAUUGACCAAGAAACAACGACAACAACCCUACCAAAUCCCGUCUCACUAUUUUGAUUACUUCUAAAUCCAACCCGAUCCUAGUUCGAUCGUCUUCCGCUUUUGUCUUUGUACAAUUCUAUGUAAAUACAACAAACGAGGAAAAAAAAAGUUGUUUUUGUUAAAGCAUAGCUGUUCAGUAGCAAUUGACA